AUGGGCAAGCUACUGCUCACGUCUGGACAGGUCUCUGUUUUAUUGUCUUCAUGCAUUGUACUUAUUUUCACAGUAGUCCUCUUCUUUUCGGGCUACGUCCUACAGCAAAGGACUGUACAUAGUCUCCAAGCAGCCAUAAGACCUACGCGCCCGAAGCCAUUACCUGUCGCCGAACCUAUUGCGCCUCCAACAUUAGAUGUGAAAUGGGCGAGGCCAGUGGGCAGCCGACCCAAUGUCGACGAGUCUGUGGAGCAAUAUCUAGCGGGAGAGACGAUGGAUUGGAGCCGAUUGGGCUAUGUGCAAAUGGCCAGAGACCACUCUGAACUAUGCAGCGCUAUCAUGAUACUAGCUGAUGUGCACAAGAUGAAGAGCCCAGCCAGGAAGAUUUUGCUGUUCCCAAGGAGCUGGUUGAAGAAAACGGAAGGAGACGAGUACGACGCAGAUAUGUCAACAACGCGGAGAUUGUUACGAACUGCUGCAAGAAGAUAUGGCGUAUCCCUGAACCCAAUGGAGACAAUUACCAAGGACGCUGAUGAGUCACUACCGUCUUCGUACUCUCUGGCGAGUAUGUAUUCAUUGACCGAUUACGAGAGAAUUGUGUAUCUCCAGGGUCCUGGAGUAUUGCUUGACGCAUCCGCGCUCGACUCGCUGCUCGCAUUUUCGAAAUCAGAGCCCAUGGCGGCAUUUCCAGCCUCGCCAGACCGAACCAGCAUUUCGACAUCAAUGUUUAUGAUCCAUCCAUCGACCGAGCAUUUCCAUCAAUUGCGAGAUAUCCGCGCUACCGGACCCAUGGCUGACCUCGACCUCCUCCGCCAAUCAUUUCCCGCGCCCGAGUCUUUGAUUUCGGAGUGGUCGCUUUCAAUAGGAAAUUUCGUUUACGAGUCGCAGAAUUUGCGGAAUGCAGUGGACGGCUUUAAUGCGACACUAUUUGAGAAAGCUACGACAUAUGUCCGACUUUCGGAUCCCGAACUGCCAGGGCCUGAAUUCGACAUUCCGUAUGAUGAACGUGCAGCUCUCCACCCGGAAAAUGAAGAAGCGAGGGAAACUUGGAAGAAUUUGUACGAGCGGUUCCGGCAGCGACGUAUGGAAGUUUGUGGACUCGACUUGAUGUACCAAGCGGAAUCUGAGCUACCACCCGCGGUUGAUGUUGACCAAGAUCAAAGCGCGGAGGUCCCGGAGGUUUAG